AUGGUUCCUAAACCAAAUACGGAUGAUUGGCGUCCUUGUGGCGAUUAUAGAGCCCUAAACAAUAUCACUAUGCCCGAUCGGUACCCCGUUCCUCAUCUUCAGGACUUUGCUGGAGCCCUUUCCGGCAAAACCAUUUUCUCGAAGAUCGAUUUGGUGCGGGCUUUUCAUCAAAUUCCGAUUGCGGCUGAGGACAUUCCCAAAACGGCAGUGACGACUCCUUUUGGCUUGUUUGAGUUCCUUCGUAUGCCAUUUGGUCUCCGAAAUGCCUCACAAACUUUCCAACGUUUCAUUGACCGUGUUUUACGUGGCCUUCCAUUUGUUUAUGCGUAUAUUGAUGAUGUUCUCGUCGCCAGUCGAGAUGUGGAGGAACAUCUCCAUCACCUUACCCUGCUUUUCGACCGAUUUCAGCAGUUUGGUGUCACCCUGCAUCCUUCAAAAUGUGUCCUAGGAGCCACUUCUCUUGAGUUCUUAGGUCACCUGAUAGACUCGAACGGCAUUCGGCCUCUUCCCUCAAAAGUUGCCGCCAUUCGGGACUUUCCACCCCCUACCUCGAAGCGUCAGUUGCAACGGUUUCUUGGUAUGGUGAACUUUUAUCGCCGGUUUCUCCCGAACUGUGCCGAUACCAUCCUACCUCUGACCAAUCUCCUCUCAGGUCUCAAACGCACCUUUGAACUUACAUCAGCCGCACUCACGUCAUUUGAGCAGGUAAAAGACCUUCUGGCUGACGCCACCCACCUGACUCACUUUCACGCUGAUGCACCUAUAUCUUUGAUGGUCGAUGCCUCCAAUGUUGCUGUUGGCGCGGUUCUUCAACAAAGUCUGCCGGAUUCUACCGUGCCUUUGGCUUUCUUCUCCAAGAAACUAUCCAAAGCAGAAACCCGCUACAGCACAUUCGGACGUGAACUUCUCGCCGCUUAUCUUGCCGUAAGGCACUUCCGGCAUUUACUCGAAGGUCGAGAGUUCACAAUUUUCACUGAUCAUAAGCCACUCACGUUUGCAAUACAUUCCCAUUCUGACAAGCUAAGCCCCCGGGAGAUCCGUCACCUGGACUACAUUUCGCAGUUCACUUCAGACAUCCGCCAUAUUGACGUGUCAAGGAAUGAGGUGGCUGACGCACUGUCCAGGCCCUCUAUUGCUCAUCUUCAGCUUUCACCCGGGAUAGACCUCGCUGAAAUGGCCGCUGAACAACGCCGUGUCGGUCCACCCAGUGAUGAGGAUGUUUCCGGACUCCAACUUCGUGAACUACCACUGACAACUGGCAACGGCACCAUCUUAUGCGACGUAUCCACCCCUUCCCAUCGUCCAUUUGUGCCUCCAUCUCUCCGCCGCAAAGUUUUCUCCUCCCUGCACAAUCUCUCUCACCCUGGGAGUCGAGCAACCGACAAGCUGGUUUCUGACCGCUUCGUCUGGCCUGGUAUGCACAAGGACCUGAAGGCAUGGACACGGGCUUGCAUUGCCUGUCAACGGAGCAAGAUCCAGCGGCACAACAAGGCCCCCAUUGGUACCUUCCCCGGCCCUGGUGCAAGGUUCAGCCACGUUCACCUGGACAUUGUAGGCCCCCUGCCUCUGUCCAAUGGUUGUUCCUAUCUCCUCACCUGUGUGGAUCGGUUCACUCGGUGGCCUGAAGCAAUUCCCCUGCCUGACAUUGCUGCUCCAACGGUGGUCAAGGAUUUUCUCAGUCGUUGGGUUGCUAUCUUUGGUGCACCCUCCACAAUCACGACUGACCGUGGUGCCCAAUUUGAGUCUAACCUCUUCCAGUCUUUACUCUGUUAG